AUGACUAGUCACUCGGAAGAUUUGUCCACCGAUGUGUCAUCAUCGUUAUCGUCACCGUUUAGGAACAGUUUCAACCGAAAGAGGACCACUACGGCAAGCUCGCAAGUUGAGCGGUUAGAUGAGGCUGAUAAACAGAUACUUGAAUGGGCUGGGAAACUAGAAAUGGAGAGCGUCGAUCUGAGAGAGAAGUCCUCGCAGUUGAUUCAGGUCUUACAGGGGAACUCUGAUGAUCUUUCGGAGCUGGUUAAGAAGCUUAACGGUGUUCUGGCCAAACAAGGCAAUCUAGACGAAUUUCGUUCAUCGAUUAGCGGCCUUGGAAGCCGACUGGGGGAGCAACUAAAUACAUUGGAGAAGCUAGCCAAGGAAUCGCAAAAGAAUUGCAAAGGUGCGAGUGGAUACGAUAAGGCUUUGAAGAAAGUGGAGGCCGAUAUUAUGGGCGCCCUGGACGCGAAGCAUCAAAGCACAACGAGAUCCAUUGAACAAGCUCAAGAACUGCUGUUCAACAUAGGGAGACAACUGGAAGAUACCCACCAGGUUAUGACUUCGAUGUCCAAGGAUAUCAACCGUCUGAACCAGAGGCAGUCCUCGUUGGAGAAAGAGAUUAAGGAAUGCAAGGCCGCGCUCACGACUGGGGCUGACAACUCGCCUAUCCUCCCGGUGAUAGAUGACGGAUCCACGCUGCUGAAUGAUGGCCCGAUAACUAGAUCGAUGAGCAAGAGGAGAACCAGAGGCAUUGCUGCCAAAAAAGUUAUCAAACCGCGCGACACUGCGCUAACCAGAACGAUCAUACCUUGGGAAGAAGUGGAGAUGUACUAUGCUUCCGAGGUCUGA